UUUGGAUCUGGCGGGCCCGAUCGACUAGCCGUUUUGUACUGGCGGUACUAAUCAGCUAGCCGUUUUGGACCGCCGGUACCCGGGCCAAUUCGCUAUGACACCGGCCUUCAUCAAGCAAACACGUACCGGUAUUUACAUUGCGGAAUUGCGAUGAAACGAACUUAAGAAUUUGGCCUGAACUUGCUUCCUCAAUUAACACUCGCCUACCUCACACUGUCAGUUUGCUCAGACCUUGAUUUGAUGCCGAUGAAUGACUUUUACUUUACCACAAUGGGUAUCCGCUUGAUUGUUCUGUGUAUAAUUGUUGAAGUCUGUCUACUGAACUCACGACAGAUAUUUGCGUGGAAUGUGGUAUCACGAGUUUCGAGACUGCUGUCGCCCGAGUCUGGCCCAGUGGGGCAUUCGAGCGUCCGUAGCAUACUGGAAUCCAGGCUGGAAUAUGUUGCUGGUGAAGUAGACAAAGGAGCAUUCACAUUUGAUCGAAAUGUGAACAAGCAAAGCACAAAUGACACUUGGACCGAGCUUGUGCUUACAAUACAGUGGCCACAGAGUUUCUGCAUAGAGUAUAAUGACUCGGGUGAGAAAGGAAAAUGCCAAGUCCCUGAAGGGAUUGAUGAUUGGACGAUUCAUGGCUUAUGGCCAUCUAAUCCUGGUCAAGUGGGCCCAGCAUUUUGCAAUGAUACAUGGAAGUUUGACAUCACCAAAAUAUCAGACAUUGAAAAACAGAUGAACACUAGCUGGCCAAAUUGUAUAACAGAUGAGCCUUAUGAUAGCUUGUGGUCACAUGAAUGGGAUAAGCAUGGCACAUGUGCUUCAUCAUUGCCGGCCCUCUAUGGAGAGCAUAAUUACUUUCAACAGACUCUCUCUCUGAGAAAACAAUAUGACAUCAAAGGGAUGCUUGAAGCUAGUGCAGUCGUCCCUUCUGACACAAAUUGGUAUAUGUACCAAACAAUUAAUAAUGCUGUGAAGGAUGUCAUUGGCACUGAUCCAACUCUAACAUGUGUAUAUGAUAAGAAGACGGAGCGUGUGUACUUAUCACAAAUUGAAUUUUGUUUGGACAAAGAUUUCAAGCUCAUUGACUGCGUUGCACCAAACUCAGCAUCAAAAUCAAACCUACGGGAUGAGAACUGUGAACAUGACAAGAAAAUUUACUAUCCUAUGUUGAAUUGAGAGGCAAGCAUUCAUUGUUUUUCCAUCUCAUAUGUGCCACAUUGGAACAGACAUGUUGUGAGUUUUCUUCGAGUAAUUGAUUCGUAUUCGCAAAGAUGUACUAAGUAACCAUUGUUUAACGCUAUCUACCGUAGUUGAAAUACGGGUUGCCUGGUGUGUCCGUAGUUGCAUAUAUGUGUGUACUGACUUUCGGUUAUCUAAAUGUUUUGUUUCUUGAGUAGGAAAACUCUCAUAGAUGAUGACUCCCUCGAGGACUUAAUUCUCAUGUUCUUGUGAGAAGUCGUCCUCUUUUUCUCUGUCAGUUUGCCUACCAAAGAUAUAAAUAAAUAUCAAGUAUUAACUGUUAAAGGGAUUUAUUUCAUAUUCAGCUUCCAAUUACAAAAUUGGAAUGAUUGGAAUGAUCAUGAUAUAUGAUAGAAUUAGAAAUCCAUAUUCUUUGUAUUUGAUAUUUUGAUCUCAUGUCAAUCAUGUGAGCAUGACCUUGGUCUUGUUCUCUGAAACUUACUUCUAUAACAGAAUUAUGAUUUAAAAUAUAUUAAUGAAAGCUAUCAAAUCAUGAAUUUUAAUAUUUGAAUGAAUCAGGCUGAUAAGAAUUAUUGCACAACUUUGUAUUUAAUAAUAUUGAUAAUAGGCUUUUGUGAAAUGGUUUCAAUGAUGUAAGGUUUGAUGUGAUGAUCAAACUUUCUUUUCCUAAUGUUUGGUGUACAUGCACAGGUAUGUAUGUGCAGGAGGAAAUACAAUGACUCCAGUUAUAUAAGCUAUAACAAAGCUAAGUCAUCAUCAUGUAGCAAUUUAUUAGUAUUUCCUUGUUCUUCAUUAAAAAAACUUGGUGAUGGUAUCUUAUAUUUAUUUUCCAUGUCUAAAAGUAUUUAAUCCUCAAGUUUCUUGUCCUGUAACGCUUUCUUAUGCAGUGCAUCAUAUUUGAGAAAUGAAUAUCUUUUGUUGUUGAUCAACCUAAGAAAAUCAUGUUAAGAUCUUUUAUAUUUUGUGUGUUUCAAAAGAAUACAUUAUGAAUUUCGCUCUACAGUAAUUGACAUUUAAAGACGUAUAAGUUUUUCUGUACAUUUAUUAUUCUUGCUCCUUAAAAUAUUUUAUCAUAGGAGUGUAAUGUUGUGUAUUCUGUUCAGAUGAAGUAACCAGGGUUGUGUUUGUAGAGUGGUUCUUGCCUAGAGAGAUUUUGAAAUUUGAAAUUUUGCUGUAAAUGCUACUUUUGUAGAUAUUUUUCACUAUUUUUCACAGAGGUACACAAAAAGUGAUAAUCCCACCAAAAGAACCACAUCCAAUGAUGGGUAACCUUUGCGUACCCAAAAUGGUUGUUCUUUGCUUUUUUUUUUGCUUCAGUAGCAUACCCCAUAGGACACCCCCCCCCCCUCCCUGGAAGUAAUCAUACAGUAUAUGAAAAUAACUGGCCUGUAGAAGACAAACUAGGUUAUAUUUUCUCACAUUAUCAAUAAUCAAUAAUUAAUUUUUUUAGAGCUAUGUGAAUGAUUGGACAUAUACACUGUUUAUGUGCAAUUAGUACUUUCUCAUUAUGCACAACGGUGUGACCGAUUCCAUUAAUUUGAGGUGUUAGAUAUUUCAUCAUGUAUUUAAUUUUUGUUUCUUUGUUGUAGGUUUGAAGAAAUUUCUGAUUUGUACAUAUUUAUGUAAAUUGUGAUUUAAAGAGACUCUAAGCAAGUUUAAGUAGAGUGAAGGAUGAUGAUCAAGAAUAAGUGGUAGUAAGAGAGGAAGAGAGAGAGGAGACAAAGCUGGAUUGUGGUGAUGUGCUGAUGAGGGUAUUUGAUAAUCUACUGUGUACUGCAAUUAUAAAUCUAAAUGAGUUUUUGUCUAUAAAAUCUAUAUUCAGGGGAGCGUUUCAUGAAAGGACUUGUCGGACGUUUUAUCCGACAAGUCCCAUUUUAUCCGACAGUUACCAUAGUAACAGUACCUCUCAGCCAAUCAACAUCAGAGAAAGAUGUCAGAUCUGACAACCUGUCGGAUGAAAAUGUUGAUGAAACACUCCCCUGAUCUUGCACAUGGAUGAAACUAUAUUUUGAGUAAUACAUGUAAAUGCCAUUUUUAACUUUUUUUUUAAAUGUGAAUUUAUUGUGAACUAAUGUUUAAUCAAAUUCUAUGCAAGUAUCGUAAUUUGUAAAAAUUCAUACUUCAAACUUGCCAGCAUUAUUGACAAAAAAAGAGAUUAUAUGAUGAUUAUCAUAAAAAGAAGAGUAAUUCUUAUUUACAUGAAUGUUAGGAUUAGAGUGUUUGUCAAGAAGCAGAGGAAAGACGAGGUUAGCAAGUACAUGUAGAUUCAAAGAAAUCAUGUUAUAUGAAUUCAUACAAUAGAAAUUAACACUUUUUAGCUCAUUUUUUAGCACCUUUUUAGCUCAGUAAAGUGUAUUUGGUUUAUGAAUCUGCACACUCUACACUUUAACAGUACAUGUAUAUUAAUGAUAGUGUGUUCCUUACACCUUAGCACUAUAUCUUUAUGCUUUCACUUUUACCGUUUUUUUUUUUUUUAGUAUUAUAGCUUAAUGGCUUUAGUUUUAAUUGUGUAAUGUCACUUACAAAUUGCUCUUCCACUUACUAUACAGUGCGUAUCAAAAAAAGUUUACACUUAGAAAAAAUCCUGUAAAAUUAUACAUUUGUAAUCUCCUGAAGAUUUUUCCACAUUUUAGCAUUGGUACAGAUCCAUUUAAGCAAUUGACGAUAUAACUGUUGAAAAAUAUUUCCGCUUGAGUGAGCACCACUUACUUUGGAAAAGUUAGUGAAAAAUGAUUUGCGCAGAACUUUGAAAUAGUUAUGCGAAUAAAAGUAGACCUUACUCAUGAAGAACACAUGGAAUUUCACUAGUAAAAUUGAUUUGAAGAAAUCUUUAACCUUUUUUAACUUGUUUCCUUGCCCAAAACACUUCAAAGAGUGCAUUGCACCCCACCCCACUCCCCCACACACCGAGGCCAUCGUGACGAUGUUUGCUUUACACUGAGCUGUGAUUUACAUGAAAUGGCUUAGGCUUGAUUUUCAUUUUGAUAAUCAUUGUCAAGCUUGGGAAAAAUGUGGAGAAACAAGUAUUAAAUGAAAAAUGAAAUGUAAACCCACUUUAAAUGAUAAAAACUUAAUGAAAAAAUUCUGGAGAUGUCUGAUAUAAAGUUUUGUUCAGAUUCAGUUAUGUACUCAGAUCCAGCUAGCACAAAUAGGUAAAGGUUGUGCUUACUAAGUGUUCAAAUUUCAAUUUGGGUGGCAAAAUUGUUACAAAAUGCUUGAAUGUAUCCGUUUUAUUUCAAUUAACUAAAAGUGCAUGGGAGAUGUAUGAGAAAUGUUUUUCAGGGUAAAUUUGUUUUCGCCCUUUCCCCUUGACACAGCGUGAAAACAAGCAUUUUUGCGCAAACAGAUUUCUGCAAGCUUUACAAAAAUAGACAGUGCUCACUCGUGUGUAACAUUCUGUCAAAACUUUUACUUUCAUUGGAUAGAUGAGACCCAAACCCAAAAAUAUAUGUGGAAAAAUUACCCACAUGUAUAUUUUCUAAAUUCCCAGGGCUUUUUCAAAGUGUAACCUUUUUUUUGAUACGCACUGUAUAUCAUGAAUUUAAUAAAUUGCCAUUUUGUAUUGAUCAUGAUGAAUGAAUAGAUUUCAACUCUGUGAAAUAAUGUGUCUGACUUUUAUAUUUAAUAUACAAAUUAUAAUUGUUUGUGCCUUCAAGAUCAAAGUCUGUGAAAGUUAUACCCAGUCUUAAGUGACCCGACUGUAUUAAAAGAGUUGAAAAUCAUAUUUCAUUUUUAAAGCAUUACAGUAUAUUGAGGUAGUAUUACAAUAAGGUAUAAUUUGUCAACAUUGGGUGAUAUAUCUUGAAUCUUAUUCUUUAAUUAAACAAGGAUGUAUCCUCCUUGGCAUUCAUCAACAAUUGAUAAUAUUAUUUUUCAUGUAAAGAAAGGAUGAUUACAAAAAGUGAUUACAUCAGCAUGACAGUUCAUCAUAGGGAUGUUGGUUACAAGACCACCAGGUUGGGGGGAAGAGGGUAACAUGAUGGUGCUUUUAAUUAAUUUAAUGUUUUUUAUAUUUUUUGUUGAGUUUGCCAUGAGAGUUAUUUUUAAUGAAACAAUUGACUGUUUUUUGUUGUUGUUACAGGUCGGGGGGGGGGGGGCAGGGGGCAUGGGUGUUACAUAAAGAGAUAAAAAUUUACAUAAAUAGUUCAAUAUGUUACAGGGCCAAUCUGUGAUUAUUAUACUCUCAAACAAAUCUCCAUGAUAAUUGGCCAAUCAGGAAUAUUAAUCCAUUCUGUGGUUGAAAUCUGAUGGCUUUAUAGCCGAAUAUAACCAGGGUUAUUCUGUGAUAAUCAGUUGGAUUAAACUGCUUGCUAUAUGGCAGAGGCAGGUCAUGGAUUACUGAGUGAGAAAGUAUUGGGAAAGAAACAAAUAAUUUGCCAUAUCUUUCACAGCCAUGUAAUCAUAUUGUACGUAUGGUACUCCUACACUUAUGUGUGAGGGAAAACAAUCAACCAGUUCACUACAAACAGUAAACCUUGAGACCGUUUGCUCCCUUAUCAUGUGAUAUUAAAAGCUUCUACUUCCUUAUAUUUUAGUACAUCGACCUCAUUAGUAAAAAGAUAAACAGAACUUUUGGUUGUUAGAUAAAUGUGGAACAAAGGUGACUGGCAAAUAUUUAUUGAUAUGCAGCAAAUGACUAUUAUCAUAUUUUGCCAUGGGUCACAUAAUAAUAAUAUGAUAAAUUUUUGUAUAGCGCAGUCACAGUCACUAUAUUGAUAUACUCUACUGUGCUUUUGUUUUAUCUUAUACUACACAAUAAAAUGAUGAUCUACUUAAA